AUGGAGUACGAUACCUUCUCAGCGACGCAGUACAACACCAGCGACCCGACGUCCUUCGCCCAUACAUCUGCGCGGGAACGAUGGCCCAUCAUCAUCACCCAGGGGAUCGAUGACGUACAUCGCUCGACACACAGUGCCCAGGAUGAGGAGACUCAGAGCGAGGGCAAAUGGAUUGUAUCCGAGCUUGCCAGGCUCAAGUACGAGCUGCAGCACGACCGCGAACUCACACCAAUACCCGAUGAUGGCGAGAAGGACGUAGAAGCAUACAAUAAGGAAUUGGCGGCACGAGGGACUCCGAAAUGGCACAGCGUGCCUUGGCUGUACUCAGAGUGCUAUCUGUACCGGCGCAUCUCGAGCAUCUUCAAACGAACCAAGAAGUGGAGGUCGUAUGAUCUUUUUGCGCGGCAAAAGAUGUCAACUUUCAAAUCUUCGCGCCCUGCCGUAGUCGAACUCGCUGCUCGCUACCGAGACAUCGUGACUGAGCUCGAGUCGAAGCACACCAUAAAAGGCGCCGAGACGGAGGAGCAGCUUGAAGCAGCCGAGCAGAUUCUCUUCACCGAGAUGUGUGAGAUCUGCCUCUGGGGCAAUGCUACGGACUUGUCACUCCUCACCAACCUCUCCUAUGAGGAUAUUCAGAAGCUUCAGGGCUCACAGGCACGCAAGAACAGCGAAAAGAACAUUUUGGUGAACGAUUUGAGCAAGGCGUUCAAAGUGUUGCGAGCAGCACAGAAGGAGGGCAAGAAGGAGCGUCGCGUCGACAUUGUUUUGGACAAUGCUGGCUUCGAGCUCUUCGUUGAUCUUAUCCUCGCGGGCUACCUCGUCGCAUCUGGUCUUGCAACAACAGUCGUACUGCAUCCCAAGUCGAUACCCUGGUUCGUGUCAGAUGUGCUUCCAGCAGACUUCAUCGCUCUUCUCUCGGCACUAGCUGCACCCCAGAACUUCUACGGCACCCAGUCCGAAGAAGACAAGAAUGCAGGCAAAGAAGCAGUGCCCCUAUCUGAGACCGAAGACUCGAACUUGCAGUUCCUCUUUCAAAAUUGGAGUCAAAUGCACGCUGAAGGCCAGUUGAUGCUCCGGCCGAACGACUUCUGGACCGCGGGCGGCAGCUAUUGGAGACUGCCUAAGGCUGAGCCAGACUUGCUUGAGGACCUGAAGGAGAGUGAACUUGUGAUCUUCAAAGGAGAUCUCAACUACCGUAAAUUAACAGCGGAUGCGGAAUGGGCACCCACCACACCUUUCACAGAUGCCAUUGGACCCAUGGGUCCAGGCUCUGGUGUUCGUGUCCUUGCGUUGCGAACCUGCAAAGCUGAUGUCGUUGUCGGUCUACCAGAAGGUGAAGAUGAGAGGAUCAGAGACAUCACUGGAGGAGAGAAGACUGGCGCACGCAAAUGGGCCUGGAGCGGUAAGUACGCUGUUGUCCAAUUCUCUGACGACCGACAUGGAGGACCUUCGAAAGUCAUUCAUGAGGAAGAGGCGCCGCGAAUUCACUUUCAACCUAGAACUUUCUUUUAA